AUGAGUGCAAGGCCCUCUUACGCAGAUGCCGUCAACGACGAAGACAUGCACCCGUCUUCGGCCGCGUCGCGUGUCUCCCUCGCGAACCUCCUCGGCCCUUCUGGUCCCGGCUCCUCACCUUAUGCCAGCACUCCUCGCACAUCACCUCGCAAGCGAUCCAGCGCAGGCGAGUCUGCCGCCAAUCUGCAACUCCCUCCUGAGAGCGGCAAUCGCAGCGGCAGCUCCAGCGGUCAACCUCGUCGCAUCGAAUUGUCCUCAACUUCACAGGCCGCAUCCACAGAGGCUGCGCAGACAUUCCACGACGCAAAAGAGCAUGUAGCAGAAGACGUGGCGAUGGCAGAUCCCAUCGAGGAGAAUGGGCGCGAACCGGAAGACUACGACCACGAUGAUGACGACGAUGACGAAGAGGACGACGACGACGAUAAAGCAACCACCGAUGCCGGCAGUGCAUCCGAAGGCGAAGGCGAUGACAAGGGCGAAGGCUCGUCACCCAAAGACGGAGCCAAGGCAGGUGGGAACCCAUCCUCGCCUAGCAAGAAGCGCUCGCGUCGUCGAAGUCCGUCGGUGCCAGAACCCGUCGUACCUCUAGCUCCCAAGCGACCCACCGUGCGAAUCAACAUUCUCGAAGCCAGGCAAAGCGGCUACCUCAUCAACGUUCCCGAGCUCGUGCUGGCCAAGCUGCAAAAGGAGAGCCACCCCUGGGCCAAGUGGUACGAAGAGCAGCUCCUCGAAGCUGCAGAACCAGAACCUGUCGCUGCACCGGGCCGGCCCGAGGUGCCGCCUGGCCUUGAAGGCUUCGGAGGUCUCGCCAAACUGCUCGAGAAGUAUCCUGCUGGCGAAGGAGGGCCAUCCAGUGCAGGUGGUGCGGCCAAGAAGCGCCGUCGACCCAACGACGACAAGUACGAUAUCGGACAGUACGACGUGCGGGACCCCUUUGUCGACGACUCGGAGCUCAACAUCGAUGAGCCCACCCACUUCGCCAAGCCCAAAGCAGACGGCUUCUACGUCACACAGGGUACUGUCGAACUGGCCAAGGCCAAAGCCAUGGGCAAAGGACAGCCGCUUCCGCCCAGCGAGAGGCCAAAGCCGCUCAGCAUUCGAGACUCCAAGGUUGGAUUUGCCGGGUCUCUCACCAAGCUCGUGGCAAGGAAAGCGCAGCAAGGCGUCGAGUUGCCGCCCAUGCCUCCGACGGCGUCUCCUUCGAUGCAAUUGGGCUCGCUCCUCAACAGCGGAGAUCCGGGCAGUCCUUCGGUUGGUUCCACGUCGGCCCUCACCAACGCGCAGCGACAAGAGGGCACGCGCGAUUCGCCCAUCAAGGUCGACGAUCUGGAUUCCAGCUCCUCCAAACUCGCCAAGAAGAAUCGCUAUCCGACCGAGCCCGUCGACCCACGUCUCCAAGCUGCGUUCGACGAUCUCAAGCGCAAGGUGGACGCCGAGUCCUUCCAGAAGGCCAAAUUCCCGCCUUCGCUUAAGGCACCGCUCAUCGAGACUGCUAAGCUGGCCGUGAUGCUCACCGAGUACAACGAGAAUUUCUUCAACCAUCUGCCCACCAUUUUCCCCUACAACCGCUAUACCAUGACGAAGCUCGUCAAGCGCGAGUUCUUCCCGGUGCACAUGAAGUUCUUUGAUGAACUCAAGCAGGAGCACCUGGACAAGCUCGGCGGCAUGAUCCGGGACAGCUAUCCGCAGCAGCUGGCGGAUUUCGAGGCGGCGCACAAAGCGUGGAUGGAACGAGGCGAAGCACCCAAGGAGGGCGAGGCACCGCAAGCCAUCAAGCCACCCAAGGCGGCCAACGGAGACGACGCGAUGGAUGUCGACGGUCCCCAGGACGGCGAAGACGAGAACGUCGAGCCGACCAAGCGCUGGAAGUGGACGGAGGAGAUGCGCGAGGAGGUCUUUACGCUCAUCACCAUCGAGAAUGCGAUGAGCGAGCUCCGAAACGAGAAACACAAAUUGGAGAACUCGACGGAGCAGUACAGCGAGAUCAACGCUCGUAAGGCCUGCUACAAGCAAAUGGCCGAGCUGUUCCCCGAGGAUGGCUGGACGACGUCGACCAACAUCUCGAGGGAGUAUGCGCAGAUCAAGAAGAAAAAGGACCGUCAGGAGGCGAGGGGCGAGGAGCUCUUUGGCGAUUCACGGGCGAGCAGCGUCGGCCCGGCCUAA